GUCGUCAUUUUUCCCUCCUACCGAUUUCGUCUUUUUCGGACUGGCAACACUGUAUGCAAAUAUGUUUUGAAUUUGAAUGACUUCUUUGAAUUCUUGGAAUGAAUGCUCUUAUCGCUUAGUUUAUAAUUUGAUAAAAUAGAUAUGAGCAAAUGUGUAGGGCCUGCGAGAAUGCAUAUCACAAGCAUACAGAGCUCAUGAAAUUUGAGUGAAAAAGUUCAUUUUAUAAUGACUCCUAGUAUUGUUGUUGUUGGAUCCUGCAUGAUAGAUUUUGUUAGUUAUGCACCCAGACUGCCGAUAGCAGGAGAAACUAUACAUGGUACGAAAUUUGUCAACAAUUUUGGAGGUAAAGGGGCCAACCAAUGUGUUGCUGCUGCAAAACUUGGAGGAAAUGUGACAAUGAUUGGCAGGGUAGGUGAUGAUAUUUGGGGUGUAAAGUACAUAGAUUAUCUUAAUGGCCUGAAUGUAAAUUCAGAAUAUGUGAGAACAACUACAGACUGUUCAACAGGUGUUGCACAGAUUAUUGUUUCUGAAUCUGGUGAAAAUCAAAUAGUGAUUACUGCAGGUGCAAAUCAGAAAUUAGAUGUAACAGAUGUGAAAUUGGCUGAACACAUAAUUAGACAUGCAGAUGUACUUGUGCUACAGUUAGAGACUCCACCUGAGGUGGCAAUUGAGGCACUUGAAAUGUGCACUGGUGAAUUAAAAAAGAAACGAGAAUCAUUGAUUAGCACAUAUCGCCUAUAUCGAAAGAAAAUUUUGGACUCUACUCAUUCUGGGUCAUCGGUGGAUGAUAUUUUUAAACCGAAUUGGUUCGCCUAUGAUCUAAUGGACAGCUUUCUUGCUCCGAUUUAUGAUAAAACAGAUACAUACACGAUUAAUACAGAGAGUAUGAAGUUUCCUGACGAGGACAGCAUGCAAGAUAAUUUGUCCGCUGGCGAUACUUCCACACCAUCAGUCAAAAAACGCAGAGAAUCUGAAAUUUCUGAAGUACGAGCUCAAAUGAAGACAGCUGUAAAUGUCCUUAAAAAUAUCUCAGAUCGACCGCGCGUUGAAGUGGAUGAGGUACAUUUAUAUUGUUAACUACUGGCCAAAAAGAUUAAAAAAUUUAAUGAGCCACAAAGGGAGAUAAUAAUGCAUGAUAUAGACGAACUAAUUUUUCGGAGGCGAAAGGACUCUUACUUAAAUAUCAGUAGCCCUUCUAGCUGCAGCACAUACUACUCGUACGCAAGAUGUACCCCGGAUUCCUUGGCACCUACACCAUCCCCUUCAUCUCAGGUUUUACAAAGCACUGUAUACCAGAUUGCUAAUGAUUCUGGUGAUUAUACAAUUGUGCAACCACAUUACAGCCCAGCAGAAUAUGUGAUAGAUCCUUCUACCUCCUCCACUUCUACUCAAAAGGUGGCAAUUAUAUCAAAUGACAUUGUUUCACAGGCACUUACUCUCUCUCACAUACAAAACAAGAAUUAAAUGCUAAUGAAAUAUUUCAUUUUACUUUAUAAUUUUUUUCAAUAAAUGUGUUUUUGCUUUUUAAUUAUGGUUUUGAACAUAAUACAGGGUGCGGCAGAGAGGACGGACGUUUUUGGGAUGACUCGUGAGAUCCUAGCAUUAUUUUACCAGUUGUCGUUAUGGAGCCUUGGACGGUGGAGCACCGCGUUUU